CUCAAUUAUCAGCCCUUGUGCACACAACAGGCGCUGAUCGAUACCUCUCCACGACCAGGUCCUUCCGAGAUCGGAUCAAGGUGUGCGUCUCUGCUAGAGCCAGCAUCAACGGCAGGCCCCGAGGGCGGCCCGACACUGAUCUGAAUCUCGGCGGCCUUGCAGUUGCAAGCAGAUCGACGCACAAAUGUCGCGGGCAGCCAAGGUAACACUCGCAGCCUCAGCGGUUCUGUCCGGUCUCACAGUAUGGGGCGUGCAUUACAUGCAAGAUGCAGAGAGAGCGGUCAUGUACAAGGGCGUAGAACGCGACGAAGCACGACAGGCCGAGAAGAAGCGACAACGGGAACUGGACCUGCAGCUGAACAAGGAGAGAGAGCAGGAAUUCCAAAAGGUCCAGCCUACCAGCGGUUUCCUUGCGAAACAGCAGCAGCAUGGCCAGAUGCAAGAGCGCAUAAAUGGACGCAAGGAGGGGUCAGAUAAACAAGAACAAGAGCUAGGUCACGGGCAAAACAAGCAGUCUUGGUGGUUAUGGCGAUAGCGCUGAGCUGGAGGCUGAAAGGCUGCUAUACUCAUUUCUGCAGCAUACCAUCCGCUGCCGCCGCCGCCACUUUUCAGGUCUCGAAUACCACCUGCCAUUCCUCAUGCCACAGCCUCUACGAGCGCAUCACCCACUGCGGCAGGUACACGUGGACUCGCAAACAGCUCAAAAAUACUGGAAGGAGUUUGCACCACUGGUGGCUACUCCCGAUCGCGAGACGCACAUCACUACGUUUUCGAAGGCGCUCCCAUAGAUGCUUUAUCCAUCAGCAAAUCCCAGCUAGUAGUCUACGUAGAGCAACCCUGUCAAUCUUGCUUCUCUGUAGCAUAUGUACAUCGCAUUAUUGACGCACUCCUCUGCGCUCGAGGGGUGUCUUGCG